AUGCCCACCAAAUGCAAGCUCAACACCGGGGCCGAGAUUCCCUCCAUCGGAUUCGGCACCUGGCAAGAUGAACAGGCCCAGGAAGAUGCCGUGGCUGAGGCAAUCAAGGCGGGCUACAGACAUAUAGAUACUGCGCGGGUCUACGGCACUGAAAAGGCCGUAGGCCAGGCCAUCAAAAAGAGCGGCGUGCCGCGCAAAGAGAUCUUUGUGACGACAAAACUCUGGAACAACAAGCACCAUCCGGACGACGUGGCCGGGGCCUUGCAGCAGUCUCUAGAUGAUUUGGGUAUGGACUACGUCGAUCUGUACCUGAUGCAUUGGCCCGUCGCUUGGAAACGUGGCGAGGAUCUAUUCCCGAAACAGAAUGGGAAAUUCAUCAUGGAGAAUAUCGACUAUAUCGAUACCUACAAGGCCAUGGAGAAACUGCUGAAAACCGGCAAGACCAAGGCGAUUGGCGUGUCAAACUUCUCCAAAGCCGAAAUGGAGCAUUUGUUGAAGAACACCUCGGUCGUACCAGCUGCCCAUCAGAUGGAGUGUCAUCCGUGGCUGCAACAACAUGAUUUCGUCGCAUGGCACCAGGCCAAUGGGAUCCAUGUCACGCAGUACUCUCCAUUCGGAAACCAGAAUUCCAUCUACAGUGGUAAAGGCGGUGCUGGCAAGCUAAUCGAAGAGCCUGUGUUGACGGAGAUAGGCAAGAAAUACAACAAGACUGCGCCGCAGGUUGCCCUCGCCUGGGGGGUCACGCAGGGCCACUCUGUGCUGCCCAAGUCCAAGACACCGUCACGAAUCAAAUCCAAUCUGGAAGCGGACUUUAAGCUCAGCCCGGAGGAUAUGAAAAAGAUCCAGGCGAUCAACAAGAAGCUACGGUUCAAUGAUAGUAGUGCUGACUUUGGACGAGACUUUUUUACUGAUUUGGAGGGCAAAAAGUGA